AUGCCGACUAAUCAGGGACCAUCGGGAACGCCACUAUCACAGAGGCUGAGAGCAGAGAUUCCGAGUUGGUUUAAGCAACCUAAUGAUAUGAAAGCAUACGACGGAAGUUCAGAUCCUAGGGAGUUUCUGCAACCAGGAGGGUUGGCAAAUUCUUUGGCAAAAAAAAGGCUGGCCAUUAAAGAAGACUUGUUAGAAAGAACUCAGAAGUAUAUUGAUUUGGAGGAAUUUAAAACCUCACAAAAAGAAAUUGAAUGUGGUUUCCGAGAAGCUACACAAAACAGGAUGCCAGAUAGACCCGCUGGUAGAGGACAACUGGAAGAGAGGAGACAUCGUUUAGUCAGAGAAGGGUUUCGAGAAGCAUAUAGAAGGGAGUUUACUUCGUUGAAUACUUCGAGAGCACAAAUUUUGAAUGAGGUGAUGAGCACGGAGAUGAGGAAUGUUCCCAGGCCACCGCCUAUUGGAUCGAGUUGUGCACAAGCAGAUAAAACAAAAUGGUGCGAGUUCCAUAGGUUAUAUAGCCAUUUCACAAAUGAUUAUUUCAAUUUCCAGAAUGUUAUUGAGCAAUUGAUUAAAGAAGGAAAACUGCAAAAGUAUAUAAGAAGGGGUGAAAGCAAGGGAUGCAGAGAAGGAGAACGUAAGUAUAAUCGAGCAGAUCAAAGCCGCAGCCCGCCAAGAGAAAGAAGGAAAGAAGCGAGCAAAGGCCAGAAUGCAGAAACACAGACAUCUUCGCCUAGUCAUGUACAAGUUGGGCAUAUAUGCACUAUUGCCGGAGAGCGAGUUGGAGGAGGAGAAUCUAAUAAUACUCGGAAAAGGCAUUUGAAGACAUGCAUGGCUAUUUCGGAGAAGCCCCGUUUUAAAGAAGAAAGGAAGAAGAAGGGCAAGCAUAUAGUGUUUGAGGAUUUGGAUGAUGAAAUCUUGGACCCGGAGCAUGAUGAUCCGUUGGUCAUUUCAGGACUAUUAGCAAACUAUCGCGUUGAUAGGAUGUUGGUAGAUCCUGGGAGCUCAGUAGAUAUCAUAUUUUGGGAUGCAUUCAGGCGGCUAGAUUUAGAUUGUGAUCAACUAGAGCCGUGCGGAGCUGAUUUAUUGGCUUUAACAGGAGACAAAAUUAAGCCAUUGGGAUAUAUGCCAUUGAAAUUAACACUAGGCAAAACGCCUACCCAUAAGACAGUAACUUUGUCGUUUGCAGUUGUGGAUUUAGGGUCUGUAUACAAUGUUAUUCUAGGCAGGCCGUUUAUGGAGAAGUUUAAAAUAUUUUUGUCUAUAGAUUAG